CUAAACAUUUAAACAGUUCAGUUUCACAGCUGCUCUUUACUCUGGACGGAUCCAAGCAAGUGAACCAACAAGAGAAGCAGGGGAUUUUUCCCAUGAUGGCAAUAAGCGAUAAAAUGUUUUCCUCCUUUGCACAGAUUAUCAUCUUGGCACUUCUAGCAAGCUGGUUUUCAGCAGUUGUUUCUAGUCCUCUAUUUUGUGCAGAUUCACCCCCCUCAUCCAGCACUCCAGUUUCUGUCCAUUCUCUGAGACCAGCUGAUGUAUCUGUGAUAUCGGGGAUAGUCCUGUCUGAUGUGGACAGCGGCAGAUCUGAUGAAAUCAGAGCCCUGAACAUGCUGUCUGAAAUAUUGUCCACCUUUAACCCUCAUGUAUCAGCUGUUCUACCUGACCAAAGGAGUUUAAUGGAAAAAGCAGAAGACAUGCAGUUCCUGGACCCCACUCAGUGGAAGUUGAUCCUUCUCUUCAUACCAGUUGAUGAGAUCUCUGUGUGUCCUGACCAGGAUCUCACUGCAGUCAUUGAUGAAACAGUUAACAGAGUGGAGAAAACACUGGACUCUCUUAAUGAGAAGUUGAAGCACACAUUGGUUCAUGUUGUGGUUUGGAGUGGACAGUCAAGGGACCAAGUCUGCCAGUUCAACUGUGAGACAGGAUAUGAUGAAAACAGACACAGACUGGAUAUGUUAGUGCUUAUGGCUUCAUUGCAGGAAUCUGUCAGUGCUCUUUUAGAGAGGAGAGGCUGGUUCAACGAUCAAGAGGACUUCAGUGUAAUGCUUCAGUCCAGUCCAGUGCUGACAGAUCCAAUGACAUCACCUACGCCUGAUUCCUCAAAUGACAUAAGCUUGGUUGUUUUACAACUCUGGGCUAAUUUGCUCCAGCCAAUCACAGACAAGACUGAGAUGGAUGGGCGGGGCGGAGUCACCGUUCCAUGUCCUACUGAGGAAAAGCCAUUUUUGCGAACACAUCAAAAUUCAGAGUCCAGAGCAUCACAAACAGCAGAUUCACAUCUACUUGUCGACACAGUGAUGGGGAGUGAGCUCUACUGUGAGGACAGGGCUCCGUCCCCCAGCAUCCCUACCUCAGUCCAUACUUUACGGCCAGCGGACAUCAAAGUGGUGGCAGCGAUGGGUGACUCUUUGACGGCAGCUAAUGGGGUGGGUGCUGCUCAAAAUAACCUGCUGGGUGUGAUCACAGAGUACAGAGGCCUGUCAUGGUGCAUCGGUGGAGAUAAGAACUUGUCAUCUAUAACCACUUUACCAAACAUACUGAAAGAGUUCAACCCCUCACUCAAUGGCUAUUCUGUGGGAAAAGGAGAUGAGGAUUCAGCACAAAGCUUUCUGAACCAAGCAGUACCUGGAGCCAAAGCUGAUGAUAUGGUGAAGCAGGCUCAUGCUGUUGUUAAAAGAAUGAAGGAAGACUCAAGAAUUGAUUUCGAGAAUGACUGGAAGAUGAUCACAGUCUUCAUUGGAGGAAAUGACUUAUGUGCCCACUGCUCUGAUACUCGGUACUAUUCUUCUGAUAACAUUGUGAAGUAUAUUCGUGAGGCUCUGGACAUUUUGCACAAUGAGGUUCCUCGAGCUCUGGUGAACCUCGUGGAGCUGCUGGAUAUAGUUCCCCUUCGUGCACUUCAUAAGGACAAAAGCAAUGGUUGCCCUACCUGGCUGGUCAAUAUUGUGUGUCGUUGUGUUCUGCAACCUAAAGAUGAAUCUCAUGAAUUCCAAACAUUGCAGGAGUUUAACAAAGCAUAUCAGCGUGGGAUGUGGGAGCUGGUGGAUUCUGGCCGAUAUGACACUCAUGAUAACUUCACUGUGGUCCUGCAGCCAUUCUUGAGAAAUGUUUUUCUUCCUUUAAUGGAGGACGGGAGACCUGACCGUUCUUAUUUCUCUCCGGACUGUUUUCAUCUCAGUCAGAAAGCUCACACACUCAUGGCUCGGGCUCUCUGGAACAACCUGAUGGAGCCUUUAGGUAACAAGACAGAUAAAGAGGAUUUCACUGCAGGAAUCUCUCUUAAAUGCCCAGAAACAUCUUCCCCCUAUUUGAGGACAUUUUAUAAUAGCAAUUACACAUACAACAUACCUGAACCUACUCCUCCACCUCCAACAAACUGGGGAAGUGAUUUCUCAUGUGUGGACACAGCGCCCUCUAACACUUUACCAACAUCUGUUCACAGUCUGCGUCCAGGUGACAUUAAAGUAGUGGCGGCUCUUGGAGAUUCACUAACCGCUGGAUUUGGUGCAAAAGCUAAAAACCUUCUCCAGCUGCCGGAUGAGGAGCGUGGAGUUUCCUGGAGCAUUGGUGGGGAUGAUACAUUGGAGACUGUCACCACAUUACCUAACAUCUUCAAGAAGUUCAACCCAAGUGUUUUCGGCUUCUCAAAGGGGAAAAGUAAACGACCAAAUGGCUUCAAUAUGGCAGUGGGUGGUGCCAAAGCACAGAAUAUACCAGCACAAGCGAGGGAUCUCAUCACAGCUUUGAAGGAAAGCAAGGACGUGGACUUUGAGAAGGAUUGGAAACUGGUGACAUUGUUUAUAGGAGGAAAUGACCUUUGCCAGUACUGUCAUGACCGGGCUGCUCUGUCCUCUUCUAAGUACAUCGGUCACAUCAGAGACAGUCUGGACAUGCUUUACAAUGAGGUUCCCAGAGUGCUGGUGAAUUUAGUGGAAAUCUUACAGGUUGAGGAUCUGCGAUUGAUAAAGAGGGACACACUGGGCUGCAGCCUCCUCCAAAAAAACUUGUGUCCGUGUUUUCUGAGUCCACGUGAAAACUCUCCACAAAUGAAUGAAAUGAAGAAGGUCAACAGAGAUCUGCAGGAGGAGACUGAAAGGCUGGUGUAUGGGGGACGGUAUGAUGGAAGACAUGACUUUGCAGUGGUGCUACAGCCCUUUUUUGAGAACACUGUUGUUCCAAUGGUCAAGGAUGGCAAACCAGACGUGUCUUACUUUUCUGUGGACUGUUUUCAUUUCUCUGAGCGUGGACAUGCAGAGAUGGCUAUUGCACUCUGGAACAACAUGCUGGAGCCUGUAGGGAGUAAACAGAACUACAAUAAUUUCACAUAUGACCGCAGUAAGAUCCGAUGCCCCACAGAGGAGCAUCCUUUUAUCUUUACACGAAUAAACAGUGGCCCUGAUGUCCCUGUGACUACAGUUCCCACCACAGUCCUACCAGGCACCCCUUUACCUGCUGACUGUCCCAAUGAUGUUGUGCCAGCCUGGGCAGCUGCAGUUCUGGCUGUAGGAGGAUUGAUGAUCGGUUGGGUCGUCACCUGGAUGAUCUUCUACUAUAGAGAACGACGAAACAGAAAGAGAAACCAGAUCAAUGAAAUGAGUGGAACAAAGUUUUAAUACGAUUUUUAAAAUAAUAAUUAAGUUAAUUAUGUAAAGGUGUCUUUACACAGCUGAGUUAAAGCUGCACUUUCUCUGAUUAAAGUUCAGUGUAAAGUAGCUGCAAUGCAAAUGCAUUCAUGCCACCUCUGAGAGUCUGAGAGUGUGUAAAAAUACUAUAAAUGCCAAUUCAGAAGUAUAUCUGUGCUACUGUUGCAGUGUAAAUUUGGUCGUUGAGCCUAAACUGUAAUCAUCUUUCCCCUAAAAGAAACAUUUUUGUAUUUUUUUAAGUAUGUAUAUUUAAUGAAUGUAUUUUAUGAACAGUUUUAACUCAUGAGCAUAAGCAGAAGAUGAAGUGUUCAGAUGUCUAUAAAUUAAUUUAUUGUUGUAAAUUAUUUAUGAAAUAUUUUUAAUAAUAUGAUUGUUUUAUAAUCAACAGAAUAAUGUAGAAAAAAAUUUAUAUAUUUUAAUGAAACAAAAAAAGUUAUAUUUAAUAAUUAUUUUCUUACAACUUUUGACCUGUGUUCCCAUGAGCAACUUAUUUUUCAUUAAAUUGUGUCAUUACACAAGACGUUUUUGUUUUGUUUUAUACAUGAUAUUGUACAUAAUGUGUAACAAAUACUAAUCUAUAUUAGUCAUUUUACACUACCUGACAAAAGUCUUGUUGUCAAUCCCAGUUGUAAGAGCAACAAAUAAUAACUUGACUUCUAGUUGAUCGUUUGGAAAAGUGUCAGAAGGUAGAUUUUUCUGAUAAUUCGUCUGUUGAACUGCAUCACAAUCAUCACAAAUAUUGCAAAAGACCUAUUGUAGCCCGCAUGGAACUAAGAUUCUCACAGAAAUCAGUCUGAUUUUGUGAAGGAAAAAUUGCGGUUUGGGGUUACAUGCAGUCUGGGGGCGUGUGAGAGAUCUGCCGAGUGGAUGGCAACAUCAACAGCCUGAGAAAUCAAGACAUUUGUGCUGCCCGUUACAUUACAAACCACAGGAGAAGGAAAAUUCUUCAGCAGGAUGGCGCUCUUCAUACUUCAGCCUCCACAUCAAAGUUCCUGAAAGCAAAGAUGGUCAAGUUGCUCCAGGAUUGGCCAGCCCAGUCACCAGAAAUAAACAUUAUUGAGCAUGUCUGGGGUAAGAUGAAGAAGAGGGCAUUGAAGAUGAAUCCAGAGAAUCUUGAUAAACUCUGGGAGUCCUACAAGAAUGUUUUCUUUGCCAUUCCAGAUGACUUGAUUAAUAAGUUAUUUGAGUUAUUGCAGAGAUGUAUGGAUGCAGUCGUCCAAGAUCAUGGGAGUCAUACACAAUAUUUAUUAUUUUUCCACUACAACAUGACUUUAUAUUCUAUGCUGUACAUUAUUUCUGUUAAGUGACAAGACUUUUGUCUAAGCAAAGUCAGACCUUACUGUCCUAAUUAAAUAAAUAAAAAUCAAGUGUAA